AUGUGUAGCAACAUAUCUUGCAUUGAUUCUAAUAAGAAUGAUACAAUUCUUCUUUCACCGGAAUUAUUGCCAUCGAUACCUUCAAAUAUCAAUAAAAUAAAAACCACAACAACAAAUUCUCAUUCAUCUACCAUGCCACCUUUACCUAUCACGAACCAGCGAAUAUCGUCAAUAGAUAGUCAACAUGUUACCAAGGAUUUAUGUAAAGUAGAAAAAAAAUGUAACGACGACGACGACAAAACCAUGGUAGAAUAUUGUUCUAUAUGCACAGAACAUAUAAGUGUUUAUGCUGUUUCUCAGUGUAAUCAUAGAAUUUGUUACUUGUGCGCUUUGAGAUCCAGAGUUUUAUUUAAAACCAAUACUUGCCCUUAUUGUAGAGCUCAACAAAACAAAAUAAUAUUUACACAUGAUUCUGAUACAUCGUUUUCAACACUACUAUCAUCAAAAGCUUGGUAUAUUAUUUCUGAAUUUCAAAUUUUAUGUGAAGAUGAAUCAAUUUAUCGAAUGGUUACAAAUACGAUAAGGCUUCGAUGCCCAUUAAAAUCAUGUCAAGUUGCUUACGAUGAUAGCUGGACUGAACUUGCUCAACACGUUCGUACUGCUCAUAAAUUAACGUUUUGGUGA